UCAUAAACUUUUUUAGUCGUUGUCGAGUUCUAGAACCGCCAAGUUAUAAGUGUAAACAUAAUAUUUAUCAAUUCAAAAUGAUUGCAUCGUUUUUAAUAACUUCAGGGCUGGUUGGAGCACUUGUAGCCUUGUUAUACGUCUUUCUUGUAUGGAACUUUAAUUAUUGGAAGAAAAAAGGUGUGAAAGGUCCAAAACCAGUGCCUUUUUAUGGAUCUUUUCCAAAUAUGGUUAAACAAAAAGAUAACCUUUCCAUUGAUGUGCAAAAAGUAUACAAACAAUAUCGUGACGAUGAAGAUUUUGUUGGAGUCUUUUCGAUGCGAUCACCUCAACUAAUGAUCCUAAAUCCACAAUUGGCUCACAGAAUUCUGGUCACAGAUUUUAAUAAGUUCCAUGAUAACGAAGGCUCUACAUGGUUCGAUUCAAAAAAAGACAGAAUCAUGUCGAAUAACAUUUUCAUGUUGAUUGGAAACGAAUGGUCAGAACGUCGAAAGGAGAUGGUUCCCGGAAUGACAGCAAACAGAAUCAAAGCUGUUUACCCAGUGACUCAGGAAAUCUGUAGGAAACUAACACAAUUCAUUAAGGAAAAUUACAAUGAAGUCGAUGCUAAAGACCUUAGUCUACGAUUUACAUCCGAUGUAGUUUCGGAUUGUGUUUUGGGCAUCAAAGCUAACAGUUUAAGUGACAAUCCGUCUCCUAUUCUAAUGUGGACCAAGAAAAUUUUCGAACAGUCUCCUGCAUCUAUGGCAUACUCCUUUGUUGCCAGCCUCUGGCCAACUCUAAAGACAAUCUUUCAAAUGAGAUUCAUUAAAAAGGAAACUGAAGAUUUCUUCUUUGGUCUAGUGAGUUCUGCCUUUGAGCUGCGUCGCAAGGACCGAAAUGUGGAUCGUGUUGAUUUUGUCAAUUACACUUUGCAGUUGCAAGAGAAAAAGAAUUUGUCAGAUGAUGAAGUGUUUUCACAUGCGAUGACUUUUUUGUUAGACGGUUUUGAGACUACAGCAUCGGUGAUUGCAAGUUGCUUAUAUCAGUUAUCGAAAUAUCCAAGCUGUCAGGAAAAACUACGUAAAGAGAUUGAAGAUGGUCUUAACAAGAAAAAUGAACUUGAAUUUGAAAAGCUCGAGAGUCUUCCAUACCUUGACCAAUGCAUUCAUGAAAGUAUUCGAAUUAUACCUCCACUCCUUUCCGGCACAAAAGUCUGCACUCAGCCAAGUGAGCUUAUCAGUAGAAAUGGCAGUAAGGUACUUUUGAGAAACAGCGACACUGUUAUAAUACCCUAUUAUGCCUUCCACCACGACGAGCAAUACUAUCCGGAACCAAACGAAUUCAUUCCAGAACGCUUCAGUGCAGAAAAUGGUGGUGUUAAGAAAUUUCGUGAUAUGGGCGUAUAUUUUGGAUUUGGUGAUGGUCCAAGAAUUUGCUUGGGAAUGAAAUUCGCCCUUAUUCAAACUAAAGCAGCUUUGGCUGAGAUUAUAAGACAUUUUAAUGUUAAGUUGAAUUCGAAAACUAGGACGGAUAAUCGUUUGAACCCUGCUGAUUUUCUUGGAAGCCUGGAUGGUGGAAUUUGGUUGGAUUUUGAAGAAAGGAAGUAAAUGUGUUCGACGUAGAAGACGGAAAAAUAAGGAGAAACCUGAAACAUCGAAAACUUUAAACUUCUAAA